ACCCGGCACCACCCUCUCGACCUCAGCAGCGCAGCCAUGGACGUGUCUGGCAUUCUCGACCAGCAGCAGGAGCGCCAGAAGGCCAUCACUGUCACCAAGGAGAUCCCCGUCGACCUCGACCUCGGUCUCCUCGCCGUCUUUGACCCCAACCCGAUCGACCUCGAGUCGUACCAGACCGACAAGGAGCGCUCGCUCCUCGACCAUGCCCGCGACGGCAUCCAGCUCCUCGUCAACGAGCUGUGGUCGCAGAAGACGCGCAUCGUCGACGACGAUGUGAUUGCCGACCUGCCGCCCAUCGCUACGGGCCUUCCCCGCGAGAAGCCUCUCCCCAAGCAGGCGCCCGAGACCAAGUGGCAGGCGUUCGCCAAGGCCAAGGGCAUCGCGCCCAAGGAGAAGAAGGACCGCAUGGUGUACGACGAGGAGCGCCAGGAGUGGGUCCCGCGGUGGGGCUACAAGGGCAAGAACAAGGACAAGGAGGAGCAGUGGAUCCACGAGGUGCCCAACAACGCCGACCCCAACUUCGACCCUCGUGCGGCGGCCAAGCAGGAGCGCAAGGCGCGCUCGCUCAAGAACGAGUCGCAGCGGCUGCAGAACCUGCAGCGCGUCGCGGCCAACGCGGCCCAGCAGGUGCAGGCGUCGACGGCGCGCUCGAGCCAGCGCGACGCGCGCAAGCAGGAGAUCGAGCACACGCUCAAGGCGAGCAAGAAGAGCACGGCGAGCCUCGGCAAGUUCGACGACAAGCUCAAGGGCGAGGGUCGGGAAAAGAACAUCAAGCGCAAGUUCGACGCCAACGAGGUGUCGGCCAACGACGAGCGCAAGAAGUCGAUGGCGAUCCUGUCGUCGAUUGGCGCGACGCCGUCCAACAAGCGCACCAAGGUGUCGGACGACGCGCCGAACGCCCGCCAGGAGACGCGCGGCCUCGUCAACGACCGCAAGGCGAUCAAGCACCUGACGGGCGGCCGGGGCGCGCUCAGCCUCGAGCAGAAGAAGGGCGGCGGCCGCGGCGGCGGCAAGGGCGGCAAAGGCCGCAAGUGAGGGCGGUUUCCUUCCUCCUCUGGUGUACGAUAGAGCGCAUGCCUCUGUGUGUAGCCUGUAGCAACGAGUUGCCCCC